AUGACGAUCUCGGACAUUCUCUACCACAAAAUAUAUCCGCCCGUAAACGGUCUGAUUUGUUACGUACGUGAUUCAUCGAUCACCGUUUGUAAUCCGGCCACUAGACAAAUUGUGAAACUGCCAGAUGUUACAUGCAAUGGAAGACACCUAGAAGCACGUCUUGGCUAUGAUCCGGUCAAAGAUCAAUACAAAGUGUUGUGUGUGUUGAAGACGAUCAUUCCAUUCCGCCCUAACCAAAACAACAUCCAAGAAGAGUAUUUAGUUUGCACAGUGACAUCAUCUAAGAAACAAGAGUGGAGAAAGAUUGAGAACACCGUUGGUCUUUGUCUCGGAAUCAGCAGAGGGAUAUGCAUCGAUGGUGCUAUAUACUACGAAGCUGAACAGUCAAGGAUAGUUAGAUUCGAUGUAAGAACUGAGAAUAUUACGCUAAUUAAUGCACCUGAAGAGUCAGAAUUCUCGAGAAUAUUCCCUUCCACUCUUUUAAAUUACAAUGGAAAAUUAGGAGGUGUAGAUUAUCUUUAUAAAAGUGCCAUGAGAUUAUGGAUUCUUGAGGAUGCUGAGAAACAUGAAUGGUCGAGCAUGACGUGCGUCAUACCUUCUAAGUUGGAAAGACUACGUGGGAGUUACGUAAUGUCUAAAGGAGAUGUUCAUAACGGCGAGCCUAUUAUGGUGUUUCAUCCAUGGUCAUGGUCACUUGAGCAAUUUUGUGUUUGGUAUUACGAUUUUGAGAAAGAGAUUAUAAUAAGAAAAGUCGAGGUAGUGGUGGAUGGUGAGUUCAAAAGUAUCCAUGGGAUCGAUGAGCAAACAUGGCAGAUGUUAUGUUAUCCAGGUUACUUUGAGAAUAUUAGGUUCUUGUGA